AUGACCAACGAGAGGAUACAACAAACAGAGGACAACCUACUAAAGAACAUCAAGAAUGUCCUACUUCUUACCAUCCCUGGUAUGACUGUACAAAUGUCCAAAGAUAUAUUGAAGAAGAUAGGAAGUAUCAAACAACUCUCUGAAAUGGAUGAAUCACAAUUGAGGGCUCAACUGGAGCUUAGUCCGUCAAUGUCCAAGACAAUUGGCAACUUCUUUCACAAUGAUAGCCAAUAA